GUGAGAGUAAUGAAGUAUAAAGCCGCGAAGUAUCCGCACAACUCGCUGCAGUACGCCAUCCUUCAGUCUCACGCCAUGAUAUUGGGAGCCCAUCUGAUCGAGGGCUACUCCAGGAAUAAACGCGCAGGCGCCAAGUAUUUCAAAUGCCUGCUGUGUGGUUCACAUGGCCACAUAGAGGCUAUGAUCCACCAUGUCAAGAACGACAAACAUACCGAUAGAUACAUAAGAUUCAGCUUCCAGUGUAACGUGAGAGCUUUUUCUCUCGAAGUCCGCAAUACACUGCGACUAAGAGCUUUCGAAAGAGAAGGAGUAAGGGUCGAAGAUAUCAUCACCAUUGAAGACGAAUCGCUGUACCCGGACCGAUGGGAAGACGAGUCUCUUUCGGUGACAAGGCUGCGUCAGAAGCAAGUCAGAGCUGGGAGCUAUGGCGGACGCAAUCCUAGCUCCUCUUCUCGAAGUCGUUGCGUUAGUGUGGAAAGGUCAAGCCUGACUUCUUUCAAGCGGAAAGCGAGUGAGGAUCAAGUGGGGCGAGUCGUCGCGAGCUUCCUUCGCGACGUGAGGAACCACCAGGGAUACGAGCUUGAGCAAAGUCGUUUGGCUGCUCGCAGGCAACGCUUUUCAAGACCGCCGAUGAGGGACCAGGCCGUGCAGGUCUUCUUUGCAGAUCGCAUCGAAAAAGUCCUUAGAAAACUAACUGUUAUCAUCCGCGCUACCAUGCUUCCUGGCAGCGAGGUGGCUUCACUCAGUGAUGCCAAAUCGUGCAUCAGGCACAUGUUCAGCGUGGGUUGUCUGCUAUACCAAGCCGUGUGCGCGCGAGCUGAGCUGUGUUCCCAGCCUGCGCAGCGUCAACUCAUCCUGCAGUCCAAGGAGAGCAUCGCCAAAGCUCAAGGUUGUGUUGUCCACGCCCUCGCGCCAGACUUGGAGAUCAGGGACGACAGGCUCGGCUCCUGCCUCGGUGACAUCAUUAAAAUGUGGGAUCUGAUUUUGAUUCAGCCCAAGUAAUGUGAUGAUGCUGGUAUGUGAUGUUGGUGUCUGAUGUUUGGCUGUCGCUUGCGACUGGAGGUGCUGUACGGUUGCCUGUUACUUGAGCAUUAUACUUCCUUCAUAUCUCGGAACAUUUUUGUAUAUGUCGUCAAAAUUGCAAAUAAUGCUAUGGCUGUCAACAACUGACUUCUAAUUCAACAACUGGCUUCUAAUACAACAACAGACUCACGCACAUAGUGUCCCUAGACCUAAAUGGUAAACAUUUAGCCAUUCAUGCCGAGCUAGGAGACGUCAGAAAUAUUCCAGUAUUCCUGACGUGUCCAGUGACGUUCAGUGAGUCACGUGAAUUUGAAUUCAGCGCCCCUUUGAAUUCCUCAUCCAGAAGCUCGCUAGGUGAACUUCUCACUUUACUUGCCUCCCAAACAACCAAGUCUGGUUUACUGAAUUUAGAACAAAAAUAACCAGAUCUGAUGUUAAGUAGGCAUAUUUUUUGACGGCAACCACAAGGUAACAGCGAGUUCAACUUAGGAAGCUCAUUGUGAUGCUCGGCAUUCAUUCUAUAAGAGUUCGGUUUUUAUGCCAGUAAAAAAGACAUAACUUGUUUUCCUAAGUUGGCGAUGAUAGCUACAUGAGACAUUAACAGGUAUAAUGGCUGCAUCAGAGUACAUGAACUGCCAAUCGGUUCAUUCUUCUUCGCCAUUUGCGAAGGAAAUUUGUUUGCGUCUGCCUAUCCCUCACUAGGGUUGGUGGUGAUGUACUACUAUCUUGACAUUCUUACGAUGCUUAAUAGGUGAUUUUUUUCUGACAGGUACUUAAAAAGGACCAAAACUAUAUCUUU